AUGUCGCUACACAGCUUAAGGCGAGCGCAGUUCGAGAACAACUCUGCUUCGGCGAACCCGCUGCGCCAGAGUUCAAUUGCCUCUACAAGUUCAUCCGCAUACUCAUACAAUUCCAACCCAUCGAUCCCAACUCGUACGAGUACGAUGACCUCAGCAGCUUCUAGUACUUAUUUACAGGAACGAGCGGGACAUAAGAGGGGUAUCAGUGAAGCAACCGGCGUUGCAUCCAGAUAUACUGAUCGCAGCAGUGUCGAGCGCAGCCCCGAUCAUUUCUACAGCCAUGCUCGACAGUCGCUGAGGCCCCUACCACAAGCCCCGGCGGCGUCGCCUCCUGCAAAACGACACAGCCCCAAUCAUGUGCGCCAGGAAACGGAUAGAUAUUCUCAACACCAGCAAGAGGAUCCAUUCGUCUCAGACAAAAUCCGCCGCCCAAUACCGGACGGACGACUCGAAAAGGCGCACAUUCACCAUGCACAUUCCAACCCGCACUCUUCAGCGUUCGUCACUCCUGAUUUUCAAGAGCUCCAAAAGUCCUCCACCGGCCACCUGAGGGCUCUCUCGAAAUUUGCCCAGAGCGAUCAAAGUGAAGACUUUUCAAUCACUACACCAGCACCUUCUGUGGUUGGCCUCCACAACCGCAGGCAGCUGAAACGAACAGACUCUACCGCCGGGGGAAAGCCGCAGAAGGGGCGCGGAGGAGAGAGAAAUUAUGGAUGGGCAGAAAGAAAUUGGAUGGACAAGCAGAGGCAAUUUUUGCAAGCUUAUGAAUACCUUUGCCACAUUGGUGAGGCCAAAGAGUGGAUCGAGGAUGUGAUCCACAAACCAAUUCCACCCAUCGUCCAGCUUGAAGAAGCUCUCAGAGAUGGAGUGACCUUGGCUGAGAUAGUGCAAGCAGUUUAUCCACAACAACGGCUGCGGAUAUUUCGACACCAGAAGCUUCAGUUCAGGCAUUCUGAUAACAUUGCAUUAUUUUUCCGCUUCCUAGAGGACGUUGAACUCCCAGACCUAUUUCGCUUCGAACUAAUCGAUCUGUAUGAGAAAAAGAACAUCCCCAAGGUCAUAUAUUGUAUUCACGCUCUUUCUUGGUUAUUGUACAGGAAGGGAAUAGUCGAUUUUCGCAUCGGCAAUCUCGUCGGCCAGCUCGAAUUUGAUCACCAUGAUCUCGAACAAACGCAGAAAGGCCUCGACAAGGCUGGAGUCAACAUGCCCAGCUUUGCAGGAAUGGGUGCAAGCUUCGGAGCAGAACCUGAGCCUCCGCCCGAACCUGAGCCGGUCGAAUCCGAAGACGACCGAGUAGACCGCGAGUUGAAGGAGCACGAAGCUAUUAUUCUUGACUUUCAGACCCAGGCCAAAGGUGCACUGCUCCGGAUGAAGCUGGGUGACAGGAUGGCCCAGCUCUGGGAGGCCGAGACUAUGUUGAUUGACCUUCAAGCCAGGAUCCGUGGGGACUGGGCCAGGCAAAUCAUUGGCUAUCGGCUAAGUAUGCAGAGAUUUGCCGUCACUCUACAGUCCACCGUGCGUGGUUACUUGGCACGCUCAAGAGGCCUGAAAAGAGAGAGGUGGUGGAAAAGCAAAGAGAGAGAGGUUUUGGCACUGCAAAGUCUCGCACGAGCUCGGAGGACAAGAGCUGACAUAAAGAACCUCAAAACGCAGGCGAGAAGAGAAGACUCAGGCAUUCGACUUUUCCAAGCAGCAAUCCGUGGUGCACUCGCAAGAAGAGAGGUAUGCAAUCAAUAUGAAGCAACCAAAGAAGCUGAAAGCGUUGUGGAAGACCUUCAGUCUGUGGUAAGAGGUAUGCUCACCCGCCAUGAUCUUCGAAAGCAGGACCUGAUUCUUGCGCAACAUGCUUGGAGCGUUGGCGAGCUUCAAGCUGUGAUCAGAGGUAUGCUGGUGCGCCAGAAUCUUCAGAGGAGAGUUCGGGUACUUGAACAACACGGUCGAAGCGUCGCUCUUUUACAAGCUGCGGCACGUGCACUUCUGGAGCGUCGCACUCAGAGCCAGCUGCAAGGGAAAUUGCUCUCCAUGUCCUCCCUAUGGACUACUCUACAAGCCAUCAUACGAGGUAAUGGUACAAGGACUCGUUUCGCGCAGAUCAAAGCUGAGCUCCGGCACCAUUCCUCUACCAUCUGUCAUGUGCAGGCAUACAUACGAGGCGCAAUCGCCCGGGAGGAAUGCAAUGCAUUACGACUUGCCUUAUUUAAGCAAUUGCCAACAAUUCUGCAAGUACAGUCCCAGAUGCGUGGCUCGCUGCUCCGCCGAAAGGUUGUACAAGACCAAGAAGCACUUCAAGCAGAAGCAGCUGUGAUUACUCGUCUACAGAGCCUUGGCCGAGGUGCUAUCGAGCGACAGCGAGUGGGGGGGCUCCUCAAUCAACUGGAUCUCACCGAAGCUGAGACUGUCCUUCUGCAAGGCCUGAUCCGGGCUAUGUUCUUGCGCGGCCAGGUUGGAGACGUCCUUGCUGAGCUCGAAUCUCAUGAAGUCACGAUUAUCGACCUCCAGUCCGCCAUUCGUGCAAGCAUAGUUCGUUCGCGUUAUGAGGAGAAGAAGCGAUUCUUCAAAGAGAACAUGGAGAAGGUGGUCAAGAUCCAAAGCAUAGUCCGAGCAAAGAUCCAGGGCGGAGCUUACAAGAGUUUGACAAAUGGGAAAAAUCCUCCUGUCGGAACCCUGAAAGGGUUUGUGCACUUGCUAAAUGAUAGUGAUUUUGAUUUUGAUGAAGAGGUCGAGUUCGAGAGACUUCGUAAGACUGUAGUCCAACACGUUCGGCAAAACGAAUUGGCAGAUCAAUAUAUCACUCAGCUUGACAUCAAGAUCGCGCUUUUGGUCAAGAACAAGAUCACCCUUGAUGAAGUUGUGAAGCAUCAGCGGCAUUUUGGCGGCCACGUGGGAACGCUAUUGCCCAAUAGUGACAUGUCAUCCAAGGAUCCAUUCGACUUGAAGGCCCUGAACAAGGCCUCAAGGAGAAAGCUGGAGCAUUACCAAGAAUUAUUCUUCCUUCUUCAAACACAACCUCAGUACCUCGCACGACUGUUUCGCAGGAUCCGCGAACACGCAACCGCGGACAAAGAAUGCGAGCGGAUCAAGCAUCUGAUGAUGGGUCUUUUCGGCUAUGCUCAAAAACGGCGUGAAGAGUACUAUCUAGUGAAAUUGAUCGUGCGGUCUCUGAAAGAAGAAGUCGACAACGCUCAUUCGAUGCAGGAUUAUCUGCGAUCGAACGCUUUCUGGAACAGAAUGUUCGGAGCAUACAUCAAGUCGCCUCGCGAUCGAAAGUUCAUGCGAGACGUCCUCGGUGGAAUCAUCAAAGAGAAUUUCAUCGACAACCGACAGCUUGAUCUCGAAAGCGACCCAAUGCAAAUCUACCUGUCUGCCAUCAACAACGAAGAGCUGAGAACCGGGAAACGAAGUCCAAGAAGUCCAAACGUCCCCAGGGAAGAGGCAAUUCGAGAUCCUGAAACUAGGGCAACUUUCAUUCACCACAUGCAAGACCUUCGCGACAUUACCGACCAAUUUUUCGUGUGUUUAGAGGACUUACUUCAUCGUAUGCCCUUCGGAGUGCGGUUUAUCGCGCAGCAGACUCAUGAGUGUCUAUUGGCUCGUUUUCAGGAGGAAGAGCCAGGUCAUAUCCUUCAGAUUGUUGGCCAGUGGAUGUGGAGGAAUUAUCUGCAACCUGCGCUUACAGAACCAGAGAAGUAUGGUGUUGUCGACCGUGGUCUCACACAAGAGCAGAAGCGGAAUAUCGGGGAAGUCGCAAAAGUCCUUGGUCAGGCAGCCUCUGGAAAGGAGUUUGGCGGAGACAAUGUCUAUCUACAGCCUCUCAACACCUACAUCAGAGAAGCAAUGUACCGCUUCGGUGAGAUCUGGAGUCAUGUCAUUUCCGUGCCUCCAGCUGAGGAGCACUAUGACAUUGACGAAUUCAAUGAUCUCUACGCCAAAACGAAGCCCACACUGUACAUCAAAAUGGCUGACAUCUUCUCCAUUCACCAACUGAUCACAACAGAGUUGCCGCAUGUGUGCCCAGCUCAAGAUGACGUUCUCCGAGACGUGAUACGAGAGCUAGGCAGUGUGAAGAGCAACGAGAAUGAGUUGUUGAGCGUGUCAUCAAAUGAGAUUAGCCUAACUUUGAACCCGAAACUUCACAACGCCGAAGAUCCAGAUGCUGAGAUCAAAGCACUCUUCACAGAGACGAAACGGUGUGUCUUGUACAUAAUUCGUGUUCAAGCCGGCACCAAUCUUCUUGACAUCCUUGUCAAACCAGUGACAGCAGAAGACAUAGAUCGAUGGGAGACCCUUGUCAGAGAGGAACUCCGAACUGACGGCAGAAAACGUGAAGCGUAUUCCGAGGCAAACACCCACGUUGACAUUAGCUCCCUAAGCUAUGUUGACUUGAAACGCAUCGCCCUCGAAAAUGUCCUCCAGUUAGAAGAUGUUGGAAAGUUAACUCGACGCAACCAUUAUCAGGAUCUGCUGAACGCAAUAGCAGUGGACAUCAGGACCAAACAUCGAAGAAGAAUCCAAAGGCAGCGUGAAUUGGAAGGAGUGCGCACCACCUUGGCGCGGCUCAAUGAACAGGCGGUAUACUUGGAGCAACAACUGAAGACAUACAAUGACUAUAUCGAGCAAGCCAUGGUAACGCUGCAGAGCAAGAAGGGCAAGAAACGAUUCAUCAUGCCUUUUACCAAACAAUGGGAUCACGAACGCGAACUGCAGCGCACCGGCCGCUCAUUCAAGUUUGGCAGCUACAAGUACUCUGCACGCAACCUGGCAGACAAGGGCGUUCUGGUCCAUUGGAGGGGAUACAUGGAGCGGCAGUGGGAUCGAGUCGACCUGACCAUCUCCAGCAAUGAAGUCGGCGUCUUCACCAUCGACGGUAGCAGCGGGAACAUGAUGGUCCCGGGUGCCAACGCUCAAGUACCGCUGGACGAUCUGCUGCAGGCCCAGUUCAACAACACCCAGUUCAUGGACUUUUUCGAGGGCUCGCUUCGAGUUAACGUCAACCUCUUCUUGCAUUUGAUCAUGAAGAAAUUCUACAAUGAGUGA